CCUCUCUGGCAGGUUGUCGCGAGGUUUGAGGCCGCGGGCCCGGCCCGGGCGGCUGCAAUAUGGCGGAGGCGGAAGGAGAGAGCCUGGAAUCCUGGCUGAAUAAAGCCACCAAUCCUUCCAACCGCCAGGAGGACUGGGAAUACAUAAUUGGCUUCUGUGAUCAGAUCAACAAAGAGCUUGAAGGGCCACAGAUAGCUGUCCGACUGCUGGCCCAUAAGAUCCAGUCUCCGCAGGAAUGGGAGGCGGUCCAGGCCCUGACGGUGCUGGAGGCAUGUAUGAAGAACUGUGGGAGGAGAUUUCAUAAUGAAGUGGGAAAGUUCCGAUUUUUGAAUGAGUUAAUCAAAGUUGUCUCUCCAAAGUACCUGGGGGACAGGGUGUCUGAGAAAGUGAAGACCAAGGUUAUUGAGCUGCUUUAUAGCUGGACAUUGGCCCUGCCUGAAGAAUCGAAGAUCAAGGAUGCCUACCACAUGCUGAAGAGGCAAGGCAUAGUGCAGUCUGACCCACUGAUCCCUGUGGACCGGACACUGAUCCCCUCUCCACCACCUCGUCCCAAAAAUCCUGUCUUUGAUGAUGAGGAGAAAUCCAAGCUUUUAGCCAAGUUGUUGAAAAGCAAAAACCCAGAUGACCUCCAAGAGGCCAACAAGCUCAUCAAGUCCAUGGUGAAGGAAGACGAGGCACGGAUCCAGAAGGUGACCAAGCGUCUGCACACUUUAGAGGAGGUUAAUAACAACGUGAAGCUGCUCAGUGAGAUGCUGCUUCAUUACAGCAAAGAGGAUUCGUCAGAGGCAGACAAAGAGCUCAUGAAGGAGCUGUUUGAUCGGUGUGAGAAUAAGAGGCGGACGUUAUUCAAACUAGCCAGUGAGACAGAGGACAAUGACAAUAGUUUGGGGGAUAUCCUGCAGGCCAGUGACAACCUCUCCCGGGUCAUCAACUCAUACAAAACAAUUGUUGAAGGGCAGGUUAUCAAUGGUGAGGUGGCCACCUCAACCAUGUCUGACUUUGAAGGAAACCACCACUCCAGUAACCAAGGCACUCUCAUCGACCUUGCGGAGGUGGAUGCACCAAGCAGCUCGUCCCCAGUGCUGGCUCCAGCCCCCACCCCACCUUCCUCGGGCAUCCCUAUCCUCCCCCCACCCCCCCAGACCUCAGGACCUGGGCGCAGCCGCUCAUCCAGCCAGGCUGAGGCCCCCUCAGGGUCCAACACAAACAAUGCCCUCUGCUUGCUGGAUGAGGAGCUGCUCUGUUUGGGCCUUACUGAUCCAGCCCCUAGGGCUCCUCCCAAAGAGUCAGCUGGAAAUGGCCAGUGGCCCCUGUUCCAGAAUGAACAGUCGGAUCUAGACUUCUUCAGCCCCAAACCCGGGACUGCUGCUUGUAGCCCCACAGACGGGCCUGUCCUCCAGCCCUCAGCAACCCCUGCAGACAACUCCCAGACUCCACUGCCGCCACCCUUCCCAGCUCCUGUGGUCCUAGCCAGCGUUUCUGCUCCAAAAGCAGGCUUUUUGUUCCCCACUGGACUGGCUCCAGCUUCAGCCCCAAAGGCUGAGCCCUCAGCCCCUGGGUACCAUGGCUCAGCUUUGGGCGACAGCACCCUGCACCAGCUGGAUGCCCUCGAUCAGCUUCUAGAAGAAGCCAAAGCGACCUCAGGCCUGGUGAAACCCAUUUCCUCCAGCUUGGUUCCUGGGGCCACAACCUCCCCUCUGAUCCCCACCAGCACCACAGCUAGGCCUCUCCUGCCGUUCUCCGCGGGGCCUGGCAGCCCUCUCUUCCAGCCACCGGUCUUCCCACCCCCGGGGAGCCCAGUGAGGGGGCCUGAGCUUUCCCUGGCCAGUGUCCAUGUCCCCCUGGAAUCUAUCAAGCCUAGCAGCGCCCUUCCUGUGACAGCCUAUGAUAAAAACGGCUUCCGCAUCCUCUUCCACUUUGCCAAGGAGUGUCCGCCAGGUCGGCCUGACGUGCUAGUGGUGGUUGUGUCCAUGCUGAAUACAGCUCCCUUACCCAUCAAGAGCAUCAUGCUGCAGGCUGCAGUACCCAAGUCAAUGAAAGUAAAGUUACAGCCACCCUCUGGGACAGAGCUCUCUCCGUUUAGCCCCAUCCAGCCACCUGCAGCCAUCACCCAGGUCAUGCUGCUGGCUAAUCCGCUGAAGGAGAAGGCAAGGCUUCGGUAUAGGCUGACCUUCGCCCUGGGGGAGCAACUGAGCACGGAGGUGGGUGAGGUGGACCAGUUCCCUCCUGUGGAGCAGUGGGGGAGCCUAUGACCCCAGAGGAUGCUGUCAUCUCCACUCUGAGGCCCAAGCAGGCUGCCGAGACAGGAGGGCUCUCCAGGUCCAGCCGUUUUCCAUGUCCUGACCACAGUGCUUGGAGCUUUGGUAUGGAAUGGGCCUCUGGGGUUGCUGCCAGGAACUGAGCUACUGCUAUGACAGUCUCUCCUCCUUUGGCCCCUUAAAAGGACCUGCUUUUAUCUACCUGUGACUUGAAGUGGCCAUGUACUGUUGGGUGAGAUAUGGCCCCAGACUGCACUGUCGCCCUGGGAACACAGACCAAAGGCUGGAGUAGGUUUUCCCCUCAUGUUGGCAUCCCCUGAUGCCACAAGGGAGGAUGUCUCUAAAGAGACUGGGGGCCCUCCCUCAAGGACCAGGUCCUCGCCGCCACCCCACUCCCGCCAUGCUACUGUGUGCUUCCCUUGCUGGCAGGCUCCUCCUGCUCCUACCUCCAGAGCGGUGGGCAAAGUCCCGUGGUCCCAAAUGAGCCUGUGCUCAGAGAAAGGAGCGGGUGUGCUGCCUUCCACGGGCGGCGUCAGCCUGGAAUGGCCACUGGAAAAGUGUGUGCUUGUCCUCGGUGGUGGCAGGCUGUGUCCUAUGGACAUCUCCACAGGACACUGGCACUCAGCCUAUUAGAAACAGAACUUGGUCCCAAGGCAGCCUAAACUAAGGUAGAGAAAGUGGAAGAGAACCAGUGUUUCCCCUUCUCCAGAAGCAGGUACUCAGAGCUUUCUGUGAAAAGUGUGCCUCCUACCACGGGAACAGGCCAGCCUACUCACUACCUCUUGCUUGCCAUGAAACGAACUGCUGUCUUGCCCUUCGAGUCUCUGAAGGGAGGACAACUGCCCCCCACCUGUGUUCCCUGCCUUGACCUACCCUUCCUCCCCAAGAUGGCCUGUGGUAUAGGAUACCGUUUGGAACAGAAGGCCUCAGGGUCGGGCACACUGCACUAGCCUUACCCGCUGCCCAGAAACUGUCAGCUGCUGAGGGGUACUGUCAGCGAGAUGUUGGGUCUGGAGGUGGUGAGAUUGGGGGCCGUGCUUGAAUCGAGUCACCAGACCCUAUUGCUUCAACAGUGCUCAGCCCCAGCUGCCUCACCGGGCAACGGGCAAGAGCGAGCCACCAGCUGGGGCAAGAGCGAGCCACCAGCUGGGGCAAGAGCACGCAGCUCACCUGAACUCAGCUGGAAAGGCUCAGGGCCCACUUCCCUCACAUCUCAGCAGGCAGGUCGCACUGCUUCGUUAGGGUAGGUCAAAAGUGAACUCAUUUCAGUACUUAAGGAAUAAAUCCAAGAUUUCCAUAAGACUGGCUGUUGCAGCCCUGGGAAAGUCUGUGGGGUUACUACAUGGAAAUGUACCUUUAUAAUAAGCUUUAGACAUUAAAAUUAUUUAUGAGUGUUACUGUUGAGGUCACACUUUCGUGACAAACAGCUAUGCUGGAUAUAUCAACUCUGCUGCCCUUAUUUUGCUGCAUGUUAAAUAAAACCAU